CUGUUCUCCAGUGUUUUCCUCCCUUCUUUUGCUCCUCUGUCCCCGUGUCCUCCUGUCUGUCUGUCCCCGGGUCUCCGUCUCGUCUUCAUGCGCGCUCCUGUGUGCGCGGCGCUGUUGUGGCUGCUGAAUGAUGCGGCGACUCAUCAGUUCAGUGAGCAGGAGAUGGCUGCUGUCAGACAGCGCAUCAAAUCCAUGUUCUACCAUGCCUACAACAGCUACCUCGACAACGCCUUUCCCUACGAUGAGCUCCGCCCACUGACUUGUGAUGGACAAGACACCUGGGGCAGCUUCUCACUCACUCUGAUUGAUGCCCUCGACACUCUGCUGGUCUUGGGAAAUCAUACAGAGUUUCAUCGAGUGGCAUCACUUCUCCAAGACACUGUGGACUUCGACAUUGAUGUCAACGCGUCCGUGUUUGAAACCAACAUCAGAGUGGUGGGUGGUCUGCUGUCAGCUCACCUGCUGGCAGGGAGGGCAGGGAUGGAGCUGGAGCCUGGUUGGCCUUGUUCAGGACCACUGCUACGGAUGGCCGAGGACGCUGCCAGGAAACUACUGCCUGCGUUUCAGACUCCCACCGGGAUGCCGUACGGUACGGUGAACCUGCUGCAUGGUGUCAGUCCCACCGAGACGCCUGUCACCUGCACCGCUGGCGUGGGAACCUUCAUCCUGGAGUUUGCCAUGCUGAGUCGAUUAACUGGAGACUCGACGUUUGAGAACGCAGCCCGCCGAGCUCUGAGAGCCCUGUGGAAGACCAGAUCUGACAUUGGACUGGUGGGGAACCACAUUGACAUUCUGUCUAAGAAGUGGGUGGCUCAGGAUGCUGGGAUUGGAGCAGGAGUUGAUUCUUACUUUGAGUACCUGGUGAAAGGAGCAAUAAUGCUGCAAGACGAAGAGCUGCUCAGCAUGUUCCAGGCCUACGAUCGAGCCAUUCAGAACUACACUCGCUUUGAUGACUGGUACCUGUGGGUGCAAAUGCAUAAAGGAACUGUGUCCAUGCCUGUUUUCCAAAGUCUGGAGGCAUUCUGGCCUGGCCUGCAGUCUCUGCUGGGGAACCUGGACAGUGCUGUGAGAACGUUUCAGAACUAUUACUCGGUGUGGAGACAGUUUGGAGGUCUGCCGGAGUUUUACAGCAUCCCUCAGGGCUACACGGUGGAUAAGAGAGAGGGAUACCCACUGAGGCCAGAGUUAAUAGAAAGUGCCAUGUACCUGUUCAGGGCUACAGGUGAUCACACCUACCUCCAGCUGGGCCUCGAUGCUCUGGAGUCCAUAGAGAGAAUCGCUAAGACGCCCUGUGGAUACGCUAGCGUUAAAGACCUGCGAGAUCACCAGCUGGACAACAGGAUGGAGUCAUUUUUCCUUGCCGAAACCAUAAAGUACCUCUACCUGCUCUUUGACCCCACCCACUUCCUGCAUGGUGGAGGGACGGAAGGUGACAGUUCCUGGGAGGAAGGUGGUGAUGGGGGGCAGUGUGUUUUAGGGGCAGGGGGGUUCAUCUUCAAUACGGAAGCUCAUCCUCUGGACCCAGCAGCACUUUACUGCUGCAGCCGCCACGCCCAGGACCGCCAGGAGCUCCGAGACAUCCUGCUCAGCCUAUCACAGCCCAGCAGUCAAUCAAAACCGCCUCCCAAGCAAGCUGAAGACUCUCCUCCCAGCCAGUCAGACAGCAUUGCACUGAAGCCAGGAGAAAAGAAGACGCCUCCGCUGCUGUCCUGCCCUGUUCAGCCGUUCAGCGCUCGACUCUCUAUUCUGGGACAGGUGUUCACCGACAACACCUGACACUCCAGGAUCACAUCUCAAUGACUCUGUGAGGUUUAAAAGUCAACAUUUUGUCACUUUCACAAAAGUCAGAUGGUUUUCAAAAAUGUCCAGCCAAAGACCAACAGGAUGGUUAACAAAAUUAGUUGGAGUUUUGACGGUCCAGUUUUGGUCCGACAGAUUCACCACCGUCCAGAAAGCUGGUUUUGAUUGUUGUUAGGUUGAAGGCAAUCAGGACCAGACAGCCCUGGACUUAAAUGUGCUUUUCGGACUCUGUGCUAACUUAAACUGAAAGUAAAAUAUAUUUUUUAUUUAUUAAAAAAGUUGUGGAAUUGCA